GUUUCCUCCAUCACACCAUCUAAUCUCUAACACACUUCCCAUCGAGCAACCUUGUAUCACUUUUAAAGACCGCCUCAAUAAUAACUUCUUACCUUUCCCUCAAGCAAACAUGAAGAUCGUCAUGUUCAUUGCCGCGUUGUCCGUCGCCAGCGGAGUGUUCGCUGCGCCUUCUCAAGCCGAGGCCAAUGUCGGCGCCGCCAAGGAUGCCAAGAAUGACGCCAAGGCCUUCUACCCCGGCUACCCCGGACCCGGCCCAUUCUAUCCCGGUGCAGCCUACCCAAGCCCCUACAACGCUCCUGGGCCUUAUUACUACGGCGGCUACCCGCCCACCUACUACACCUACCAGUACCCGGCGUACACCUACCAAUACACCUACCCGAUUCCUCCCACCCAAGGCCCGACCGGACCCAUCGCGGCUUCAACCGUGCCGCUCAAGGCCCCUAACGCCCCACCCAGACAUUGAUUUAUAGACUCUCUUUCAAUGCCUUAGUCUUCAUGGUCACAAGCCAAUGACCCCAAUGUCCUUUAUUCUCACGCUCCAUUUAAUGUCAUAUUUUUCUACCACUAGUCAAUCAAAGCCAUGCUUUUACCGUACAUGUCGAGCUUGCUAACGUGUCGAGUGGGCAGCUUGCGCAUAUCAAUUAUCAUCAUGGUGUAGUGAUCGUUGGCAGCCAUCGCGGUGACAACAAUUGAUUGAGUCUUCCUUGCGCCCCUUUCAACACGCCCACCUGCCCUCAGCAUCAAUUGCUUGCAUCGCACUGCUUAACUCCCAGCCGGAUGGAUCGGUAGUGUAG